AUGAGCUCUAUCCAAAACUUGAACAAAAUUGAUCCAUUCGCCGACACUGGUGACGACGAUACUCAACCAACAAACUAUAUUCAUAUUCGUAUCCAACAAAGAAAUGGUCGUAAAACCUUAACUACUGUCCAAGGUUUACCAGAUGAAUAUGACUUGAAAAGAAUUGUUCGUGCUUUGAAAAAAGAUUUUGCUUGUAACGGUAACAUUGUUAAAGAUGAAGAAUUAGGUGAAGUUAUUCAAUUACAAGGUGACCAACGUGUUAAAGUUAUGGAAUUUUUAACUUCUCAAUUAGGUUUACAAAAGAAAAACAUCAAGAUCCAUGGUUUCUAG